AUGCGAAUAAUUCGUUCCGUAAAAACACCUCAGCUAAAUCCGAUUCGUUACUUUUCAACUACCCAAACCAAUUCCGCUGCUCUUACUAGUAAUUCGUCAUCGCAAUCUUCGUCAAAAUUUAAAUCAUCACCAGAAAAUACCAUAGUUCAUCCCGACCAUCAAGCUAUCAAGACCCGACAUACUGUUCGUCUUUCACCUGAUUUUGGUAAAAAUCAACAUUUACCAAUUGACAAUGAGCUCAAUGAACGAUUAAAGAAAGUAUUACUCGGCUUUAAUGCCCCAAUAAGAUAUGCCUUUGCUUAUGGAAGCGGAGUAUUCCCGCAAAAAGGAUACGAAGGAAAGCCAAAGCCGAUGAUGGAUUUUAUCUUUGCAGUAAAUCAUCCACAACACUGGCAUUCCUUAAACAUCAACCAAAAUAGAAGUCAUUAUUCUUUUAUGGGAACUCUCGGUAGCAGGGCAGUAUCUGUACUACAGGAAAACACUGGUGCCGGCGUCUAUUUUAACACAUAUGUGAAGAUGGAUAACAUGCUAAUCAAAUAUGGAGUGGUAUCGGUCGACUCGAUAUGCAAGGAUUUGUUGCAUUGGGAAAACCUUUAUAUGGCAGGGAGAAUGCAUAAACCUAUCAUAAUAUUAAGAGACGAUGCACGAAUACGUUUAGCACAACAGGUUAAUUUGACUAGCUCCUUGAAAACAGCCUUACUCUUACUUCCAAAAAAUUUCACCGAAGAACAGCUCUACUUAACGAUUGCCUCAAUAUCUUUUAAAGGAGAUUUUCGUAGAUAUGUUGGGGAAAAUCCAAACAAAGUAAAGAAUGUGGUUUCAAAACAGAUGGGAAACUUUAAUUUAUUGUAUGCGGAUUUGAUUAAAGGAUUGCCGAACGUAGAAUUCACGGGUAGUGACAAGCUUCAGCAAGAUGAUAAUCCCAGAAUUCGCGGUAAGAUGAUACAGGAUUUGCCUCGUGUCUUGAGACAUAAAAUUCGGGAAGAGCAUAGAAUGAAAUUGAUCAGAAAUGGAAAAACUUGGGUGUCAGAUGACAAAGAAAUUUAUAAAAACAUUGCAUCUUCUGAGGGAUAUGAAGAAUACAUAGAAACUGGGCUGAGUGAAAUAGUAUUUUGGCCUGCCUUAACUCAAAGUUUGAAGGGUAUUUUGACAGCUGGAAUGUUUAAAAGUGCAAAGUAUACAUCGAGUAAACUUUCUAAAUGGAUUCUUAGACCGCAGUAA